UGGGGUUGAGCUCCCGGGAGCUUGUAAAAAGUGUCAUCUGAAGAGGACAAAGAAAGAUCCGUGCAGUCUUCCUCCUCUCUACACCUUCUCUGCCUCCGCUCUCUGUGGGACAACAUGAUGCGGGCUGCCGUGUUUUGCGCCAGCAUCUUGCCUUUGCACCUCUUCCUUUGCGUUCAUUCUUUGCCGGUGCGCGACCAGAGGACCGUGAAGCAGCUGCAGGGAUGGCCUCACAGCAACACUCACACAGCUGUGAAGAAGAGGGGAAGACAUGAGCAGGACACGCUAAAUGAAGACUACCAUUUGAAGUUUGUCGCAGCUUCCCAAAAUGACACAGAGUUCUGGAAGCGUCCUCGCUGUGGAGUCCCGGACUAUCCCACCUUAACCCAGGCCAACAUGUCUUACUACAACCUGAAGAAGAGGAAGGGAGGCCUCAGCAAACAGCAGCGAACGAAGCGAUUUGCUCUCUUUGGAGGGCGUUGGGAGAAGACUGACCUCACCUACAAGAUCAUGCGUUUCCCCUGGCAGAUGAGUGAGGGAAAAGUACGACGUGUCUUCCAGGAGGCGUUUGGAGUGUGGAGUGCAGUGACUCCUCUGAGGUUCAGAGAGGUUACCAAUGAGAAACCUGACAUCAUCAUUGAUUUCAACAGGUACUGGCAUGGGGACAGCUUACCAUUCGAUGGUCCUGGAGGAAUCCUUGCCCAUGCCUUUUUCCCUCGCACUCACAGACAGGGAGACGUCCACUUUGACUACGAUGAGCACUGGACUGUGGGCAACGGUGUGGGGACAGAUCUCCUCCAAGUGGCAGCUCAUGAGUUUGGCCAUGUCCUCGGCCUGCAGCACUCCCUGGAGCCUGAUGCUGUCAUGUGUCCAUUCUACAGCGACUCCUACCCUCUGCAGCUGAGCGAGGAUGAUAAGAGGGGCAUCCAGUAUCUGUAUGGACCCCCUCGGCACACACCGCCUGAGCUGACUGAGACGAAUGAGAUUGGCAUUGCACUGCCUGACGCCUGCAGAACAAACUUUGAUGCCGUGUCCAUGAUCAGGGGAGAGCUCUUCUUCUUUAAGUCUCGAUAUGUGUGGCGUAUCCGUGAUGGCCAGCUUCAACCUGGGUAUCCAGCUCUGUCUUCACGCCAUUGGAGAGGAAUUCCAGAUCGCAUCGAUGCUGCAUAUGAAGACAAGUCCGGCAACAUCUGGUUCUUCCGAGGUGACAGCUACUGGGUGUUUGAUGCUGAGAGGAAGAUAACAGGACCAGAUUCAGUGCAGCGGCUGGGUCUUCCUGUAACAGAUAUCCAGGCAGCGUUGAAGUGGGAAAAAGACCAUGUUGGGAAAGUCUACCUGUUCAAAUCUGCUUCUUAUUGGCCCUUCAAUAUUCAGGAGAAUCGAGUUGAUGAUGUCCAUCCUUACAGCAUCCAGGAGUGGGAAGGAGUGCCCAGUCAUAUCGAUGGAGCUUUUUGGGACAGUUAUGGAUUUGCCAAUUUCCUGAGUGGACUUCACUACUGGAAGUUUGACCCUGCGGCGCUGAAGGUGCUGGAAGGCUACCCCCGCAGCAUAGGCAUGGAUUUCUUUGGCUGCUCCGCCUCUCUGUCUAACUAAGUUCAUUCAUAUAGAUCUGCUAAAUGUUUUUUAGUUUAAUCUCCCAUACAGAUAUUUUGGAAAUAUAUGUAAGUCUGAUGUAUUUUAUUAAGAAGUACCACAUGAAUAUAACGACAAACUCUUGCCAAAGUCAUUACCUGAUGCAUCCAAUUUUUUUUUUUUUUAAAAACAUUUUUAAUUUGACUUUUUUGUAAACAUUUAAAAAUACAUACAUGUGUACGUUUGGUUUCUAAACUUUACUGUGAGUGUAAGUUUGAAAAAGUCAUGUGUUCAUGUCAUUUUGAGAACACAUCUGGAGACAGCUGGAUGAAAUUCUGGAUGGUGACGAAAUUCACAAGUUUCACAUCCAAGCUUUGGUCCUAAAAUCCACUGCCAAGUUGUCCGUGUUUGUGUUGCAGAAAAACAUUGUCGUCACCAGAACUAGUCACUGAAAGCAGGAUUAUUAAGGCAGAUAAAACUGAGGACACAGCCAUCCCAUGUGAAUAAACUUUAUUGAACUGUCAGUGAACAAAGCAAGUACUGGCUUGGUGCUUACAUCCAUUUUGUGCAGAAACAUUGCAGCUCUGGCUGCAAGAAGGCUAAUUAAAAUCUGUAGGGUGAAUUAACACAAAAUUGUGUGAUGUAAAUUUUAUCUCCACACAUGUCUGCAUGCAGCCUGAAAUUUGUGUCUGCACAGUAACUAUGCUACAAGGGCAAUAGUGCAUAUGCUAAACAGUAUUGUGUAUACAAGGAAUGCAUAGAUGUUGAGGACUACUCAUAUAUACAGGCGAUUCUUCCAAGCCACUCCAGUCUACUUUAAAUAAAUACGCAACUGUGUGUCUGUAUCUGCAUGGGAGUACAAUCCAGACUGAACACUGGCCUUAGAUGGUCGGGCCACUUUGGUCCAGACUGAAGUGUCUCAACAAAAUUUUCUGGAUAGAUUGUCAUGAAAUGACACCAUUUUUCUUAGCAGACAUUUUGACAGUUAUCGUAUAUAGUUAUAGUUUCGACAGCAAUGUGUGGCUGUUUCAUCUUGUGCCACAUUAGCUCAGAUUUUUAUGUUCAGUGUUUGGUUGUGUCACCAAACACUUAUCAGCACCACAGAGAUGCUGUCAGGGCUGUAGAUGCAUCAAAAGAAAUAUGUUGGUCCAGGCUGCUGAUAGUGAAAUAUCUUUAUUCUUAUUCCUCAAUGCCACUAGCUUAAACCUCGAUUAUCAUUUAAUUGUCCAGACUCUAAUUUAAGUCAAAUUUCAAAACAGCUGUUCCCAAAUGUAUAUUGCUGCCAUACGCACAUGUGACUAGCCCUGUGAGACUGGCAAAGUUGCAAAGGGAUUCACAUUACACAGAGAAGAGCAUCGCUGCAGUUUGAAAGGCUGCUAACCCUAACCUUCACUCCAUCUGCUCAGCCUUACAUGUUUUACAGUCUUGGCCUUUAUUUGUAUUUCCAUAAGAUGGUAAUUAUUUGUUGUUUUUAAUCACAUUUGUGCUUUGACUGCUUCUGCAGUUUCCUGUGUCCUCAGUCACAGACCAUGCAGCUCUGCAGAAACUUCUCUGUAAACCAUUUAACACCAAGAAAUCCGGACCGGUCAGGAAAUGACUCAUGUUUGCUGAAGCAGGGCGGCACUGUAAUAAUGUCAUUAUUAACAAAAGUGUUUCCAGUCUAAUAGUUAGCAUGAUGAUAGAUAAACUGCUGUCCUGAUGCUGACCUGAUGUGGUAAAAGGCUGAGUUGCUUUUGCUUUUUUGUGCUGCAGAUGGCCAGUUUGUGUCACAAUUGCAACAGGAGAGUGAUAUUCACUGCAGCAUGUCCAAAAUGAGUGAAGCCAAAAUGAGUGCUACAUCUUUCAGUAUUUAAGGUGCUAUUUAAGGUCCUGUAGGCAACGUAAACCAGUACCUCAUAUGUCGUUCACAUUCAAAAUAAUCUGUUCUCUUUAUCAUUCACUGUACUCCUUUGGAGCAUUUUAUAGAGCCAUUUAGUAGUCCUUAUUAUCUGUUGAAGAGCUUUGACUCAGUUUUCUGAUUGUAUUUUACUUUCAUUAGAAAAACACUGAGACUGUAUCAUUCUCAGAAAAUACAAACCUACAUUGUGGCUGACUGUGACCUGCUAAUAAAUCAAUCAAACCAAUCAGAGAGACAAGACAGAGCUUCACUAUGGUUAGACUUUAUGUAUAUUUUUUAUGGAUAUUACAUAUGUUCACUUAUAUUAAAGGUGUUACUGUUUAGUAAUCAGUGCAGGUCACUGAUGAUUGUACUGACCUGUAAAAUACACUGUGGUGUGCCUGCAAAACAAUAGUCCAGUGUAGCAUGGACAUUCAGUGUUGUGAUUUUUGUCAUUGUCAACAUGCCUUGACAACAUCUUAAGUUCCGUUGUGUUGUGCUUUUGACAUAUAUUGCGCUGUUUGCCUUUAUAUCCAACCGUUUGUCAUGGUAAUAAAUCAGUUCUUUGUUUACAAUUAAAUAAAAAAUCUAAUUUCCCUAA